AUGAGUGAAUUCUUGACUGGUACUGAAGUUAAGAAAAAUGGAGAUCCGAUUCCCCUUGUUGAAUACACAGGAGAAGAACACGCGACAUGGAAGGCAGUGUACGAGCGGCUGCAUGCUCUGCGCGAAACCCACACUUGUUCCGCCUACAGGAGAAAUAUCAAAAAGCUCGAGGACGAAGGUAUACUGUCGUCGGAAAAAAUUCCACAGAUCCGAGAUGUUAACGAAUUCUUACAGAGUGAGCUUUUAAAAAGAUUUUUUCUCAACUUUAUACUGACGACAGCUACCUAUUUACGACACAACUCCAGACCACAUCAUUCACCAGAACCGGAUUUGAUUCAUGAGCUGCUCGGACACGUCCCUAUGCUCGCCGAUCCAGUGGUGGCACAGUUGAGCCAGGAUAUCGGCUUAAUGAGUUUGGGUGCGCCUGACGAACAAAUUGAACAGCUAGCCAACGUCUAUUGGUUCAUUAUCGAAUUCGGUCUCUGCAAAGAAGAUGGUCGGCUUAAAGCGAUCGGAGCGGGUCUCGUCACCGCCUAUGGAGAGUUGCAGCAUGCGUGCUCUGAUAAACCGGAGCAUCGUGACUUUGAUCCAGCAGUGACUGCCGUUCAGCAAUACGAAGAUAGCGAUUACCAACCUCUCUAUUUCGUCGCUCACAGCAUCCAGGACGCUCUACUGAAACUAAGGAGUUAUGCCCUUUCUAUGGAACGUAACUUCGAUGUCAUUUACGACCCAUUUACCAGGAGCGUUGAGGUUUGA